UUCAGUAUUAUAAACACAUACAGUUUUUGUUAUAGUUAUAAAGAAAAGCCGCAGUGUAAGAACUCCAGUGAUGGACAUCCGAUCGAUUGGCCACAGUUGAACCGGAUAGAUCAUGGAAGAUCUCCGGCUAUGGUUCCUGGAGAGCCGGAUCCGGAUGCUCUGGCCGGGUGUGUCGGACAAGUCCUGGGUGGACUUCAUUGUCGAGGAAUCCGGGAAGAACAAGAAGGUGCUCAAGGAGUUCUUUGACUGUGAGACUAGGGAGAAGGUGAUAUAUCUGGUCCGAUCCAGUAGUCUAGUUGAAGUUCAAAUUGAUGAUGAUUUGGAGGACAAUACAAGUGAUGCAGACACUCCACAACCACCAAGAACUGAAUUGGUAACUUUGGUGAAGAUUCAUUUGUCUACAGAAAUACCAACAGGUUUGCAUCCACACAAGAUAGAUUUAAUUCUGAUCUACAAACUUCAGCCUGUCAAGAUUCCUCUCCCUGCUACUAAGAAAGAUGGCAGAAUGGAGAUGUACAAGUACAUGAAUGUUCUUCUCGUGGAUCAGGACCCUGCUGUUAUACUUGCUGCUCACCUCAACAAGAGAGGGAAUAAGUAUGAACAAGAUCUUCUCAAUUUAAUCAGAAAAAUCUCAAUUUGUCACACAUCAGCCAACAGAUUACCAGUUCCAAAUAUACCAGAGCUUUUCCAGAUUCCCUUCGAACCAGAACUUCUGGUCAAAAAUGAGAUGAUAGUGCAGACUUUAAGGGAAUCUUGUAUUGGUUGGACCAAAACUAUAAAUGAUGCAUUGAAUCACCUACCCAAGAUUGAGAUACUGAAAACUGUUGGACCAUUAGAGUACCCCAAGGUUCAGAUUGAGUUCUGGAGGGGAAGACAAAAUGAUUUGAUUAAACUUAUUGAAGAUUUUACUUUUCCCGCAUUUGAAAGAUCAUUGGCAAUACUGGAUGAAGCAAAUAUUAUUGAAGUAAAGGAAUUGAAGAUAGAGAUGAAUGAGACAAAUUCACUUUUAGUAGAGGCUAAGGAUCAUGUGAAGUUCUUAGGAACUAUUGAAGAUUCGCUAGAAUUCAUUAGAACAACAAACAAUUUCCAUGAACUCAUAGGACUGUUACCAGGGGUUGCUGUUUCCCUCAGGAACAUUUGGCUUCUCUCAAAGUUUUUUGCAACUGAUAAGAAAAUUCAUGGCAUCAUCCUGAUGAUAUCAAAACUUAUUAAUCAACGAAUAAUUGAGACUAUUAAGCUUUCUGAGCUAGUUUAUCCAGAUAACCUUAAAGUUACUGUAGAGCUCUGUGUUAAGAUACUUGAAACAUGGAGAAAAAGUUUCCUGAAGGUAAGAAUGGACAUAGAAGAGUCAAGGAAGGAGGCAAGAUGGGAAUUUGAAAUUAAUGAUUUGUUCUGUGACACUGAUCAUAUCACUAUUAUUUGCAAAGAUAUCUUGAUUGUUUGUCAAGUCCUCAUUGAGUUGAAGAACAGCUUUCUUCCUGAACUUCAAGAGAUUACGUUAAGACCAAAUCAUUUACAAACGGCUAUAGACAAAGUUAAAUCCUUAACGGAAUGUCUAUUUUCAAUAAAAUUUGUGCCCUUUGAUAUCAAGACCAAUCAUCAUUGGGGAACACUAAUGUCUUGGUUUCAAAGAGAAGUACUCUUUCUAGAAGCAGAAUCAGGAAAGAUUAUUGAAGAGACAUUUGAUUACAUUAUCAAAUCUGAUUUGGCAGCCAAGAAACUAAGCAAGCUCAAGCAGUUACCUUUGAGGACUGUUAUCCGAGCAAAGUACAUGAAGAAAGUCAACUCCAUAAUAUCUAAAUUCAAAAAUGAAAUUGAAGAAGCUAAGAGAUUAUUUGAAUCUAAUGCAGAUAGUCCUCCAAUAGCCAAUAAUCUGCCGCCAAUAUCUGGUUCUAUAUUUUGGUCAAAAGAAAUAAGCCAAGCUCUGAAAUCUACAUUUCAGGAAUUAUCAGAGCUUAAGGAAGUUCUUGAAUGCCCAAGUUGGCUACCUACAAAGGAAAACCUGGACAUGGUGCUAGAAACUUUGAAAGCAUAUGAGCUGAAAAAAUAUUCCAACUGGAGUAGCAGAGUGAAUGAAAUUCUUGAUAAAAACUUAAGCAGAAAUCUAAUAAGAAGGGAGAAUGACAAUGAAAGUAUUAGUAGAUUUUCAGUCGAUUUUACUUCUGACCUUUCAGACACUUUUGCAGAGGUUAUUAAUAUGGAAAAAUUAGGAUAUAAGGUGCCAGAGGUAGCCAAGAACAUGUCAUUGCAGGAAGCUAAGCUUAAUGACAUAUCAGAGCAACUAACACAAAUGUUAUCUCACUAUCAUCAAGUUAUAGAUUCAGUAGAUGGAGCAGACAAAGAACUAAUACUGGAAAAUCUAAAGAAUAUGGAGAAAGGACUGAAUCCAGGACUGAUUAGACUAACAUGGAAUUCAUUGGGGAUUUCAGACUACAUAUCUCAAAGUGAGAUUAUAAUUUGUAGAACUGAAUCUACCAUUCGUCAAAUCCUGGCAAUUAAAGGGAAGAUUGAAGAAAACAUUAACAAUAUUAUGUCUGCCAGGAUGUUUUGCCAAUUCCAAAAUUGUGACACCAAGAGCUUAAAGAGGUUUGAGGAGUUUCACUCAACAAUCUUAACUGUACAAAAAGAUACCAUGAAGAAGUUAAUUGGGUUCUAUGAGGAUAUCUGUCCCCUGUUAAUGAAAGUUGAAGAAGUUCUUGUAAGUUCAAGAACAAAGAAGCAUCCAAGGAUGAAAAACUACUUUUCCUACUGGGAAGGAGUAAUUUAUGAAACUUUAAAACACAUGCUAAAGGUCAACUUAGAAGAUUUUUUAGAUUUAAUGGAAUCCAAAGAGCCUUUAUUUAAUGUUGAGGUGGUGCUAUUAAACAAGAAUGUGGCAUUGGAACCAUCUGAGCAAGUUAUUUUAAAAGGUAUUAUCACAUUUAUAAAAUGCCUUUUAGAUGGAACUCAAAUGUUCAUUCGUUGGGGUCAUGGAACAUGUAUUCCUGUAACUGAAGCAAGAGUUAAAGGUAAAAUCAGACCUAUUCACCCAUCAUUUUUUGAUGAUAUUAUAAGAAUUCCUGACAUCAUUGAAAGAGUAGAAAAGGUUCAGCAAAGCAUAGUUAGUUCUCUUGAAAAUGUUAAGAUAUAUCUGUCCUCUUGGAGAAGUUUUAAAAACUUGUGGAAAUUUGACAAAAAUAACACAUGCAUCAAAUUUCUUGAGAGAACCCCAAGCUGUGUUGAUUUUGAUGCAAAGUUGUUGUUCUAUUCCUUACUUGAACGCCAAAUUCAAGAGCGUGAAUUUAUAUCCAACUUUAAAUGCAUCCAACUGUCAUUAAAGCCGAUUAAAAUUACUCUUCUAAAUGAAACUAAGGAGUGGUCAAACUGUUUGGGUACACUUCUAGAACAAACAGCAAAGGAGGAAUUGACUAAACUUCAAUCCAGUUUGGAUAACCUUAUGAAUAAAUUGAUCUACCCCAAGAAUGGGGAAGAGCUGGAAAAUGUUCUCCGUGCUAUUUCCUCAAUUUGGAAGAUGUCCUUAUCAGUUGAAAUGAGUUAUAAGGAAAUAGAGGAAAAAUAUCGGACACUGCAAAUGUAUGGUAUCCAAAUAGAGGAGACUCAAAUUAAAGCUGCACAAAAUUUGCCCCACCUGUGGAAUAAAAUAUUUCAUAAGUCAAAAGAAGUUCAUUUCAGAGUUACGCCCAUGAAGCAGAAGUACACAGAAAUAACCAAAAUGAAGAUCAGAAAAUUUAAGAGUGUUGUUAAUAAUCUUUACUCAAAUUUCAAACAAUCUGGACCGACUAGUGUUGGUUCCAAUCUGGACCAAGGUUUGCUCCUUUUAACAAAGUAUCAAGUUGACUUUAAAGAAGCUUGCUUUAAAGCUGAAGAGUUAAAUGAACAAGAGAAGCUAUAUGUCCUGCCACUCACCAACUUUGAAGUCUUGCAGUCUUUCAGGACUGACAUUGAAACACUUGAUGAGAUAUAUGUUUUGUACAAAAAGUUUUCUAAACUUGAAGACAAGUGGAAAAAACUUAAGUGGAAGAAACUUGAUUUGGAUUUUGUGAAAAAGGAUAUUCUCAAGAGUUCUAAUGAUUUAGUAAAGCUUCAGGAAUCUUUCCCUGAUCAACCACCACUAAUUGAAAUUGAGAAACGGGUAAAUCAAGCACUUCAUUUGUUUGAAAUUUUGAAAAAAUUGAAGGAGUCAAAAUUAAGAUCACGACAUUGGAAAGAAAUAUCACGAGUUACAAACGUACACAUUGAAGAAGAUAUCAACUUCAGCAUCUCACACUUUUGGAACUUUAACUUUCAAAAUCUUGAGUGUGACAUUGAUAGAGUUAUCAAUCAAGCUUCUCAUGAGAGAAAAAUUGAAUCUGAAAUUCAAGAGUUCAAAGAAUUGUGGGAAAGUGCAAAGUUUUCUCUUCAUCGUGAAUGCUGGCUGAAAGAUGGAGAUCAAUUCUAUAUCUUAGGAGAUGUUACUGGAAUUCUUGACGAUUUAAUACUGCAUCAAGGUCAAUUGGAUCAAAUGAUAAAAUCAGUUUAUUCUGCUCAUUUCUCAAAAGAAAUUGCAUUCUGGAAAACAAAUUUGACCACUAUAGAAAGGGUAGUUCAGGAGUGGAUUCAAGUUCAAGAAUGCUGGAUCAAAAUUUCAAAAGCUUUAGCUGUGAAAGGGUUCCGGGAUUCUUUAACAGAUCCAAACUCAUUUGAAGAUAUAAGCAAAAGAUUUGUUCGUAUUAUGGUUGAAACUGCAAAGAAACCAACAGUCAAAGAUAUCUGUCUUUCAAAUGGAUUCUUGUCUACCAUCCAAAUGAUAAAAAAUGAAUUAGAGGAAUUUCAAAAGGAUUUGGUUAGUGCAUUUGAUCUUAAAAGAAAAGAGUUUCCUAGAUUCUUCUUUCUUUCAGACGAUGAGCUGAUUACAGUUCUUGGAGGAAAUAUAAGAGAGUUGGAGGUUCAGGAAAUAAUCAGUAAUCUCUUUCAAAACUUGAGCAAUAUCAAACCAAAUGAUUUAGGAAUUGUAGAAGCCCUUUUAACUCAAGAUGAUGAAGAUCUCCCUCUGAUAAAAAGUGUAAAUGUUGACAACCAUCCAGUGGAAGUUUGGCUUUCAACUUUGGUUGAGGAAGCAAAGGUUAGUAUGAAGCUAAUGGUUCGCCUUGCCCUACAGGACUGUAGCUUUAACAGCACUGAAUUCAUUACUUCAUUAAUGAAGUUUCCAAACAUAUUGGCAAUAGCUAUUUAUGAAAAAGUUUGGACUGAUCAGUUUGAGAAUGCUUUCAAUAACAAUGACAAUGGAAAUCCUUUGAGUAUUCUUGAAGAGUGGAAAAAACUUUACUUCAAAAGUUGUCAACAGUUGGAAAUGUUGCAAGAUCAUAAGAAUUUAUCUGGAACGGAACAAGUUAAGAACUGUUUUUACAUGACUAUGAUUAUAGCCAAAAGAGAUUUAAUUGACAGUUUUCUCAAUCUAUCCCUGUCUUCAGAAAAGGACUUUAACUGGGAGAAAAUUAUGAAAUACUACUGGAGUGAAGAAAAUUACACAUUGGAGGUAAAGCAAGGUUUUUUUGAACUUGAUUAUGGUUAUGAAUUCAUGGGUGUUACUAAUCUCUCAAUAAAUAAUCUAGAGUCCGAGAGGAUUUGGUUUCUUAUAAAUGAAACUAUCAGAAACCACAAUAUUCCUUGUUUGUCUGGAGCUCCCAUGACAGGAAAAACAGCAAUUAUUGAAGAUCUAGGGAAAAAAUUGGGCAAAGGCUGGAAAGCAAUCUCAAGCAAUCAGAACUUUACUGUUGAAUCAUUAAUCAGAUUUAUGAGAGGUAUAUGUGAGAGUAAUUUAUGGGGGAUCAUAGACAAUGUCAAUCUUUUGAAAUUCUCUGUUAUGUCUGAGAUUUCUUCACACUUCCAAGCAAUUAAGACUGCACAGACUCUAUACCUCAGAGAGUUUGCCCUAAAUGGAAAACUAACUAAGAUGUCUCCAAGAGUUGCAUUCAUCUGUACAGAAAAUAAUCUAAGGGGGUCUUAUCAACUACAGCCACUGCCUCUUUCACUGCGAACUAUGUUCCGAAGAGUUUCAGUUGAAUUACCAAACAUGGAAAAACUUUUCAGCACAAUUAUGAGAAUAAAUGGUCUUAAAUAUCCAGUAACCAUGUCAAAGCACUUGAUCAGUGCCAGUAAUGUGGUAGGAAGUGUCUUAAAUCUCGGCACUGCAUGUCAGUUUAGUGCUUUCAAGAUAAUAACAGCAAAGUUAGUUGACAAACUAAAACAAAUGAUUGACAUAUCAGAAAACAAUAUGCUAUAUCUUAUCAUGCUAGAAUAUUACAAAAACCUUUUGACAGAGGAAAAGUUUGCUAUUGCAAGCAAUAUUCUACAAAAGCAUUUCAAGAUUGAAAAAGAAGUUUCUUUAAAAGUGUCAAAUGAUGGUAUUGAAAAUUUCAACAAAGUAUGUCAUGAUUUAACUGACUAUCAGAAAGAAACAGUGUUGAAACUUUUAGAUAUGCUUAAAUAUUCAAACUCUGUAAUUCUUCAUGGACCGGCAUUUACAGGAAAAACAAAAGUUGUUGAUGCCGUUGAGAAGCUUCUUUCCAAGAAAACUAGAAAGAUAUACUUCAAUCCAUCAUCUUAUGACACUGAAUACAUACUUGGCAGCAAAGAUAAUCCAGGAAUUAUUGCUAAAUUCUUUUCAGUUCAGUGUGAUAGUCUAUUAAUUCACCUGGAUGGGGCUUGCAAUGAACAAAUUGCUCUGCCAUUAUCAACAAUAUUGGACAAACAAGAAUAUUACAAUGGUAAUGGAAUUCAAUUCAUAUCCAAAGGAGACAUGAAGGUAUUAGUAGAGACAACAGAUAUCUCUGAAAUUUGUGAAUCUUUAAAAUCUAGAUCUUUAAUCCUUCAAAUAAAAGAGGAUGCUAAAAAUAUUUCUUGGGCUGUGAUCAACAAGAGAAUAAGUAUCCUGAAAAGUCUUUUAGAAGAUGAAACGGUGAUCAAAGAGCAAUGUUGUAAACUAUUAGAAAGCUUAAGAGUGGAAAUUGUCUCUUCCAUGGAUAGUUUUCUAAAUCGGUGCUUGCUAAAAAAACUCCAAGAAGCUCUUGAUAUUUUUGAGUGUCUAAUAAAAGCUCAGAAGACAUCAACUACAACUGAAAUUCUUAUUUAUGCUUUUCAGUUUGCAUUUACUUCAUGUGAAGCAAAGCAGCAAAAAAAUGAUGUCAUCAACUGUAUUAAAACUUGUGUUUUAAACAAUAAAAGCACAUUUGGAGAAGUUGGAAUUAGAGAAACAUUGCCUGAAGUGACAACACCAUCAGCAAACUUCUCUAAAUUUCUAAAUACUAUCAGGCACAUUUGCAAAAUUAUUUUGGCUAAUCAAAAGCCUAUUUUGAUCAUUGGGAAUAAGUUUGCUCACCAUGUUUAUGAAACUAUUUAUGAAGAAUAUGAAAACAAGGAUAAUUUGAUUAUCCCAAUUCAAUUUCAUACCCUAAGCAGUUCUAAAGCAGUAAGUGAUGCUGUUGAAAAACAUUUUCUUCGACGGGGACAAAACAUACUGGUUCCUAAAAACCAUCGUGAAAUCUUGGUUGCAGCGUCUGAUCUUCUAAAUCCAACGGAUAGGGCUUAUGGAAAACCUAUUGCUCUUCUAGGUGACAUUGCAGAAAUGAAGACUUUUGUUUUUGCAGAAGAUAUCUGCAGGAUCUCUGAUGUAAAUGUACUAUGCAAGGUAUCUCCGGUGUCUCUAAAAUUCAAAUUAUCAAGGUCUUUUAAUAAGUUUGUUUGCAUAUUUAUUGAAGAUAUCUUUGAAGAUAUAGUGGAUGUUUUCAAAGAAAAUCUGAUAUAUCUUCAUGGAGAAGAGCUCAAAUCAAAGAUUGAACAAGUAGCUUCAGUCUCUAUAACUCUAAUGUCUACAGCAGAAAAUCAUUUUUCAGUUUUGAGUAUGAAUCUAACAACUGAUAUUCUUGUAAAUGUUUUGCUGAAACUUCAGAAGCUCUCUUUACAUGAUGGGGAUAUUAUUACAGAGUAUGGACAUCUCUUAUCAGAAAGUCUUGUGUAUCCUGAAGUCAAUCAAGAGAAGAAGAGAGAUAUUAUACAAUGGCUUCAGUUAGGGUUUGAAAAAUGUUCAAUACCUUUUGAUGGUCAAUUUGACAUUCAUUUGAGUGACAAAUGCAUUGCUUAUGAUAUUGUGUGGACUGAAGAACAAAAAAAAAUAUUCCAUGAGAUAUCAAGGUUUCUGGAUAACAACAAAGAAAAUCUUAUUUCCCUGUUUGGUGAGCAUGGAUAUGGAGUAGCAGCAGUUUUGGAGUCUGCUUGCAAGACUGCAAAUUAUUCAUUUACAUAUUUGAGAAGAAUUGAAGAAAUGGCAAGCUUACUAGAGAUUUCUGAAAAACACAUUCUCAUUGUCAAAGAUUGUUAUGUAACAGAAGAUAGAAUAGAGGAUUGGUUAGAAUACCUUCCAAAGGUUUCAAGAAAAAAAAUAGCUUUUCUAAUUUCUACUAAAUCUACAUCUCUGAUUCCAUGGCAACAGUGGUUACUUUCCUAUACUCGUAUCCUUGGAAUUUCACAUUGGAGUAAACAUUCUUUAGGUUUAGCACUCCAAGAUAGUCCUCUUGAGAGUGCUAUUCAGAAGGUUUUAGUUGAAAUUCACUUGAAAAUGACUGAGUACAGUAGACAGCUUGAUGGUCAAUCCUUUCCUGUCUUUAUCACAUUGAAAGAUCUGUCAGACUUAAACAAUAGCAUUCAAAAGUUCUUUGAAGACACUAUUGAAAAUGCUAGAAGGCACAAUGACGAGUUAAAGGCAGUUUUAAAUUGGAUGAAAAAGCGGCAUGAUCAAGUAGCAUUAAACAUAUCAAAACUUGGGGAAAACGAAAAAACCAUAGAAAAGUUAAAAGAAUCUAUGAAAAGUUUGAAAAAGACAUUAAAAGGUCUUGAGGAUGAUAAAAAGAAACUGACCAAUGAUCUUGAAGAAGAAGUGAUUCUUAACCAGAGUCUUAAAGUUAACAAGGAAGUCCUUACACAGAAAUAUGAUUUGAUCAGAUCCCAGUCAUUUGAUGCAUUUGAAAAAGCUAAGGAAAGCAUCAAAGACAUUAGUUCCAACCAAAUAUUUCUUUAUUCAAAACCAAUGCUUGUUCAUGAAGAUAUAGAAAAAAUUGCUAACAUAAUAAUGAUUUUGUUCCGUAUUGACUUUGCAGGAUGGAAACCAUUUAAGGACAGAUUUUUAAGUCAAAACUGGCAAAAGGUAAUGGAAGAAUUUGAUCCUGAUUCUUGUAAGCACAAGCAAGAGUUUUUGAUCAACAAAAAGUUAGCAGAAAUCAAAACCUCAAAAGGAGAGUUGGUAAAGUUUUCUCCAAUUUCAGGCAUGUUUUGGAGCUAUGUUACAGGUGCGCUAAGUUCAUUCAAAACCAAGUUUGAAAGGGAUAAAUUAAGCCAAGAGAUUAAGAGAGUUCAAAUUUCAGUAGAUGAAUCUGAAAAACAUUUAGUAACUGUAAAAAAGUCUUUACGAAGGUUAGAAAAUGAAAUAGCUGAGAAAGAACUGGAUCUUCAGAAAUUGAAAGAAUCAUGCCUGGAAUUGGAAACAGCAACAGUGCUAGUAGAUCAAGGUUUAAAAAUUGAAAAUAAAUUUUUGGAAGAAAGCAAGUUCUUGAAAGAAGAAUAUGAAAAUGAAUUGCAAAAGACAAGCAUAAGUGACAAAGAAAUGCUGGCAAACAUGAUUAUGGAAAAAACGGUUAGUAUAUAUCUAGGCAGAUUUGAAUCUGAAAAGCGAUCACUUAUACUCCAGACUGUUAAAGACAUAGUUAAUGAGUUUAAUCCUCCUUCUGAAAAUCAAGAGCUGCUUUCCCCCUUGCAAGUAUUUUUACGCCCUUCUGAUUUUAACUUUUGCAAUCAAUUGAAGUCACUUACACAGAAAAGGGUAAUUUUUUGCUAUGAUCCAAAUGAUGUCAUAAAGCUCUUGAUAAAAAGUGAGAACAGUGUGCAGGUUAUGAAACUUAUUAGCAAAGAUGAUCUUCAUCAUCUUCUUUCAGGUGCCAAGCAAAACAAGAACGGAAUAAUUCUUGUUGAAGAUGUCUACUUUGAAAAUUCAAAGAAUAUGAAUAAGUUGCUCCAUCAAGAGCUAGACAGCUUAUUGAAUUUUGCAGAAUCCAACAAAGUUUUAGUGUUUUUGCUCACGAAGAUCCUAAAACCAGUUUUACCAUAUCAAGCUAUUUCAAAUUUAUAUUUUCUAAAUUGCUCUUUAAAUCCUAAUGAGGUAAUCUACUUCAUGAUUGAUGAAUUCAAUAAUCACUGUCAAAGGAAGAACAAGGAAACUUUAUUAGAACUACAAAACAGGAGAAAGGACAUUGAAAACAAAAUUGUGCAUGGAAAGCUUAUGUUUUAUGAACUAAUGAAUAAGCAGGAUAAAAUUGUGAAUGAGGAAAUAAUGAAAGUUAUUGAAGAUUUGAAGCAGUUUAUUGUUGAGAAUAGUGCAAUCAAUGAAGACAUAACUACUGUUGAACAGAAUAUAAACAAUACUGUGGAAGAGCUUCCAAGAGAUUCCACACCUGUUGUCAUUGGCCUGUUUAUGCUCAGUAAAUUCAAGCUGUGCCCUGUUCCAUCCUUUUACAUCUUUGUUCAUACUGCAAUUUAUAUUGAUGAUAAUAAUGGGGACGAUGAUGUUAUGUAUGAUAUCUUCAAAAAGUAUUCUUUGCAAAUACCAGAAAAGGGAAGAGUGCUGUUUGCAACUUUCAUGUCAAUAGGAUUGAUGAAAAUCAAUAAAGACAUAAAAGAGUCUGAUAUAUGUAUGUUGGUUGAUAUUCUUACAAAACUUGAUCAAAUGGAAAAUGAAAAUAAAUCAACUGAAACAUCUAGAGCACUGUUGCAACACUAUCAACUGGAGAAGUUUGUCCAGCUGGAGAAAAAUGAAUUAAAAAUACUAAUUGACAGGGAAACUGAAAUUAUGAAAGAGAAGUUUUAUUAUCUAAUGAUCAGCGUAAUUCUUGAACCUGCUAAAGUCAACUCAGCAAUGAUUCAUUUUGUGGACAAAACCAUUUCAGACACUUAUCUAAAGUCAGAAACUAUAUUUGUAUCUGAUGUUCAUCAAUACAGCUCUCCAUACAAUCCUAUUGUAUUUCUUCUUGAAUCCACCGUUCAAGAUCCUUGCGACAAUUUGACUAAACUGGCAGAUCUGCAAGGCAUUGCUAGCAGUAAAGUUAAGUACCUAGCACUAUCUAAAGAUAACAUAACCCUGGCUAUGGCCCUCUUGGAAACUGCUUUCAUUCGAGGACAAUGGCUGAUUUUUCAAAAUGUUGACUUGGUACCUUUCUUCUUGCCAAUUCUAGAGAAGCAGAUUAAUUCUAAGGACAAGGAUGAUGUUCAUGACGACUUCAGGGUUUGGAUGACAUGGUGUCAAAAAGACUUUCCAUCUUUCACACUUCUUCAGAAAUCAAUUAUACUCAACUGUGAACCCUACAGUGACAUUCGGUUCCACAAUACCAACUUCCACUACAAUGUUGCUCACAAAUCAAUUUCCAGUCUCAACUUUUGUCAAAGCGUGCUUUUUCUUACACUCUCCUAUCUUCAAAAAAUUUUCAUAUGCAGACAAAAGUUUUCUGCCCUGUCUUGGACUAAUGUUCCAAGCUUUCCUAACUACUUGGUUCAAAUGGCGCACACCUUUAUUGAAAGAUAUUUUCAAACCUCUGAGGACUCUCCAAAAACCAUUCAAUAUGAACAGCUCAGAUUUUGGAUUCAGGAAAUUCUGUACAAGAAUCACAUGAUCAACAAAGUGGACCAGAGUGUUAUCAGCAUGUAUCUUGAGGAGUACUUUGGCAACUUUCUCUUUGGACCUCACAACCCUUACAAGUGUGGGAAGAUGAUGAAAGAUGACGUGGAACAGAAAAUAAUGAAAACGAUUUCAGCGUUAGAGAAUUUUACAAGAAUUCCUUCACAAUCUCUCAUGCUUUGUCCUGCAGCAAACAAUAUACAGGAGAUGGUGAGGUCCAAAGAGAUGAUCAAGGUUAUAGCAAAAUACAGCAAUUCCGGGCUGGACACUUGGAAGGCAGGAGUACUUGAGAACCUAGAGACAGUUCUAGCUGUAGUUGAAAGAAUCAAAACCAUCAAGAGUAUUCCUGCAGAAGCUCCUCUUAGAUGGAAAGUUGUCAAGUUCCAAAUUGAUAAAUUAGGUGCUCUGGGAUGUGUGGUUGCAGAGGAUAUAAACAGGAUUAGGUUGACCCUUCUAGAGGGGUUCUGGCCUUCAUCUAAUAUAGUUCAGUAUAUACAAAAUAUCAGAGAUAAUAAAACACCGAGAGCUUGGAGAUAUUUCUUUUUGAACUGGGAGUAUAAACUGCAGGAUUGGAUUGGAAGAUUUGACGAUGUUGUCGAACAUCUAGAAAAACUUGAUACCCUUCAAGAACUUCAUGUUGUACCAUUGUCCAGAUUACCUGAUCCCAGGACAUUUCUCUAUUCUCUUCUCAUAGAAACAGGGAAAGAUGCUGAAAAGUUGACUCUUCAGCUUGAAAUAAUGGAGGAAGGGAAGGAGUUGGACCAAAUUUACCAGGGUUGCUAUGCUGAGAGAUUGUACCUGUAUGGUGGACGAAUAGAAAAUUGUGAGUUGGUUGGAGCUAAUAGCGGCCUCCAACUCUGGUUCCAGGUUAACAGGGUUAAACUCACCCCUAUGGAGAUAUCCAGAGCUGUUGGAGCCAGGGUGGUGAAAAUUCCUCUUCAUACAAGGCUGGUCCUGGAUAACCACGAGGAGGUGGAAGACGACCCUAUUCUGUAUAUAUUCAUGGCAGCUGAUCAGCAUCAAAGCUUCUGGACUCUCAAGAAAGCUAAAUUUUUUCUUGAACCGCCAAAAAUUUGAUUUUUAUAACAAGGUUUUCUCAUAAUAAAUUUGAUAUUUGUGCAAA